CAGAUUCUCUUCUUUCCCUCCCUCCCUCUUUCUCUCUACUGCUUUUAACGAUGCCCAAUUCAUUGUUCUUCAACCCCUUUUCUUCCAACCCCUUCUUUCCCCUUCUCUCUUUCUGCCUCCUUUUGGACUUCACAUCCCCUUAUCGUCCGGGCCAUAUUCCACCGAUUGAUAUACGAUCCAAAUUUCUUUAUCGGUUUCCAUGCCUCCCUCUGGUGUCAAUCAUCUGUCUCAGCCUUGCAUUUCUGGGGAUUCUUCUUCCUCUUACGCAGACAAAAAAUCCGGGUGGAUGAAAUGGUUGAGCAAAAUUUUCCGGUCAGGAGGCAACAGGGGAGGCAGCGGCGGGGGCAGCCGUCAUCCACAUCAGCAUCUUGGUGAUCAAGAGAACGUGCUCUGGCGAGCUCCGGCGAGAUCAUCGGAAGAUCCUUCCAAAGCUCAUAAGGAGAAAGAAGAACUAGACCGUGCAAUUGCACUCUCUUUAGCUGAAGAUUUGAAAAGACGAAAUCGGCAUCGUUGGCGUACAGAAAAUGAUGAAGCAAUUGCUAGAGAAAUGCAGGACAAGAUGAAUUUAUCUCCAUAUCCUUCUGUUGCACCUCCUCAGUUCCAUCCCGGUGACAUUAGUCGCAGAUAUUGUGGUGGCUGCAAGCGUGCAAUCAGCUAUGGCAAUUAUUUGGGAUGCAUGGGCACCUACUUCCAUCCUGGGUGCUUUUGUUGUCGUUCUUGCGGUUAUCCCAUUACCGAGCAUGAGUUUUCGUUGUCAGGGAAAGAUCCAUAUCACAAGUCUUGUUUCAAAGAGUUGACACAUCCAAAGUGUGAAGUCUGCCACCAAUUUAUCCCUACAAAUCGAGCCGGUUUGAUCGAGUAUAGAUGUCAUCCUUUUUGGUCUCAGAAGUAUUGUCCAUCCCAUGAACAUGACAACACAGCCCGUUGUUGUAGCUGUGAACGUUUGGAGUCUUGGAAUGCAAGAUACAUUUCUUUGGGAGAUGGACGGAGCCUAUGCCUAGAAUGCAUGGAGUCUGCUAUCAUGGACACGGGAGACUGCCAACCACUCUACCACUCCAUUCGAGACUAUUACGAAGGGAUGAACAUGAGAAUAGAUCAGCAAAUUCCCAUGCUUCUGGUUGAAAGACAGGCACUCAAUGAAGCUAUUGUUGGGGAGAAGCAUGGCUUCCAUCACAUGCCUGAGACUCGAGGUUUAUGUCUUUCUGAAGAGCAGACUGUCACCAGUAUUCUCAAGAGGCCAAGAAUCGGAGGGCAUCGACUCAUCGGAAUGAGAACUCAACUGCAGAAGCUGACUCGUAGAUGCGAAGUUACAGCCAUUCUUGUUCUUUAUGGUCUUCCAAGCUUUCACAGAUUACUAACAGGGGCUAUUCUUGCUCAUGAGUUGAUGCACGGCUGGUUACGGCUAAAAGGAUAUCGCAACCUUAACCCGGAGGUAGAAGAAGGUAUCUGUCAAGUGCUUUCCUACAUGUGGCUUGAAUCCGAAGUAAUGCCGGGGUCUAAAUCGGGACCUUCGACAUCCACUGCAUCCUCAUCUUCUUCUUCUUCCUCGUCCUACUACUCUUCAUCAUCAAAGAAAGGCGGUAAAUCUUCGGCCGAAAACAAACUGGGUGAAUUUUUCAUGCACCAAAUAGCGAACGAUGCCUCGGCAGCUUAUGGGGAAGGUUUCAGAGCUGCUAAUGCAGCUGUGAAUAAAUAUGGGCUGCGUCGGACACUGGACCAUAUUAGCAUGACAGGAAGUUUCCCAGUGUAAUAAAAAACAUGUGUUUGUGGUUAGUUUGAUGUGGGGAGACAUUGUUUUUUUUACCAGAUUGAUGUGGAACUGCAGCUUCUUUUGGCUCUGGUUUAAGACAGCAUCAGGUCAGGUUCAAAAGGAGUCUCAUUUGGAAUAACAUGUAUUUCUUCUUCUUCCUAA